AUGAAUGCUGGUGAAGUUCAUGUUGAGGAUUUCCCAAUCCAUGCAGGUUUUAUUAAUAGCACAGCUAAAAUCAAGUACAACCGCCCAUCAGGAAUCAAACAUGAAAAACAACGCGAAAAUCCAAAGACUUGCAUCGCUAAAAAACACACUAAAAAGAACCCUAGAUACUUUUUUCAAUUCUCUGGAGAUCUGGUACCUGGGAUCGUCUACGAUGGUAAUUCUUCCUCAUGCCCGUCAUCCGUUAGAGGUCUAGAGUUCAUGCAGGUUGUGUUUUAUUUAUAG